GUCCGUGCUACAGCUGGUUACAAAUCUGUAGCCCGCUGCCCAUCUCUCUCUUUAUUUAUCUUCUUAAAAUAUGUUUACAGCUGGCUUAUAGCAUGCUAUUGUACAUGCUCUUAGCGAGCUCUAUAUAAACCUCGCUACCCGAUUCGCUGCCUUCCUGGAACCAAUCAGCAGCUAAAAGUCAAUCCACGCCACCAUCGAUCUCUCUAUCCAAUCCAAGCGCGCAAAUCAAUGGCAGAGCAUUUCAGCCACGCCGGCAUGUACAUCGGCUACACGGCAGACGCCGCCGCGUCCUCCUCCUCCUCCUCCUCGUCUUCGUCGUCUUCCUCCUCGGAGAUGCUUCGGUUCGACACGGGCUGGCCCGACGAGACACCUGCGCCAUCCUCCGUGGCGGGGAGGAGGAGGAGCGCGGGCGGUGAUCAUCGUCAAGGUCGGGGACAGACGGAGGCGGCGGCGGCGUUCAUCGGGGUGCGGAGGCGGCCGUGGGGCAGGUUCGCGGCGGAGAUCCGGGACUCGACGCGGAACGGCGCGCGGGUGUGGAUCGGCACGUUCGACAGCGCCGAGGCCGCCGCGAUGGCCUACGACCAGGCCGCGCUCUCGGCGCGUGGCGCCGCCGCGGCGCUCAACUUCCCCGUGGAGCGCGUCCGCGAGUCGCUCCACGCGCUCUCCCUCGGCGCGGCCGGGGGCUCCCCCGUGCUGGCGCUGAAGCGGCGGCACUCGAAGCGAAAGCGGCGCAAGAAAGCUGAACUACUCGCCGCCGCCGCCGCCACCGCCGCGACGGCGAAUGCCACGCCGCAGACGCGGAGGAUCAGCAAGAGCACGGAAUUGACUACUGCGACGACGGACGAGCAGAAGCGGUUCGUCGUGGAGCUUGAGGACCUCGGCGCCGAGUACCUGGAGGAGCUUCUCUGGCUGUCGGAGAUCAAUGGUGGUAGUGACCCUGCUGACUGAUCAUCCAAAAGGUUGGCAAUUUGCAAGGCACCUCUUGCGAAUUACAUUUCGCGCGCAUGCAGUUGCAAUGGAACGUGCAAACUGCAAAAAGCUGCAUGCAAGUAUGCAACUGCAACUGGAAGUACUACUUGAACACAUGCAAGUAUGCAACUGCAAGUACUACUUGAACACAUGCAUGUGUGUUAUUGCAUCCUACUACUUGCUGUCUGGCUCUCUCUAGAGUGCCAAUAAAGUGCAGACAAUGCAACACAUGCUGGAGCAAGCAACAAUUUGGUGGUCACCACCAUAUUAUACGCACAACAUGCUGAAGUAUUUUCAAGGUGUGUACUUUGGGCGGGGACUGAACUUUAUGUCUUUAUCGGACACAAGGACCUACUUCCCAAAAGCUAGCUAGCUUGAUGCAUGCAUCUUGCCCCAUGGGUACACAUAAUAAUAUUAUUAAACUUUGUAUGGCAUGUGCCCAAAUUAGUACUAUCAACAUUUAUAUGUACUAGUAUGACCGUGAUUUUACUCUCGAAA